GUAGCUUUAGCGUAUCAACGGCAAUUUUUACGCUCGUUUUCUACGUCAACCACAUCGCCGAGACCCCCACCGCGUUCUUUGAAGGGCGAGUGAGGAGUCUACGUUGCCGCCAAAGUUGCCGACCUCUGUUAGUCCGUAACAUACCAUGAACCAAUUCGUGGGUCACACACUUCCCGGAACUUUCUUUUUCGUUUUCGGAACAUGGUGGACUUUCACUGUGUGGCUCAGCUACAUUCGCAGCAGGAAGAACAAGCAGCGCUACCUAUGCCAGUGUUCUUACGCAGUGCCUGGUGUGAACAGAAAAUUCAGUGUCGAAGGCACCGUAAAGAUAAUCGGUGCUUCGGCGUGCAUAGUCGGCAAUUUUAACCUUGUAUACAAGCACGACCACUCUCUGGACGAAGUGACCGUACAGCACGAUUCUAUGUACGCAUUCUUUCUACUAAACGGCAUGGUUGACGUCAUGUACACCGCCGGGUUACCGUUCCCACCAAACACCGACUACGCGGUGCUGCUGCUCACCAUCGCCUCCGAAGGCCUCAUGCUCCACUUUCACCUGCAUGGUAAGACGCUACUGAACGCUCAGACCCACAAGAUCUUGGUGUACAUCGUGGCUGCAAUGCUGGUCUGUCUCAUAGCCGAGAUGUGUCAACCCCGAAGCGUUUUGGCAGCCCUGGGUCGUGCUUAUUUUUGUCUUCUCCAUGGGACGUGGCUAUGGCAGCUCGCCUUCAUCCUCUUCAAUCCGCUGUCCGGUUACACGCCCUGGGACGUUAAUAGCGACACGGAAGCGAUGCUAGCUGUCAGCCUAUUGGCGUGGCACAUGAUGACUCUGCUGGUCUACGUUGGCGCGUUAGGCGUUGUGGCGUGGUUGGUGAACCAAAUGUGCGGCGAAUUUUGCACAGUCGUCUCCAUGGAUGCAGAGGAAGCUGGUGACUUUCGUGAAGGACUCUUAAAGCGCUGCUUAUGAAGUGACUGAAAGGUGAUCCUGAAAGGGCUUGUUGGAGACGCGGUGACUGACGAUAAGCUUUAUUAUUGCUGCAGGGAGAGACAAAAUUUACUGAAG